AUGGGGGGGGACGGCAGCGAGUUCCUGCAGCGGGACUUCUCGGAGACCUACGAGCGGUACCAUGUGGAGAGUCUGCAGAACAUGAGCAAGCAGGAGCUGGUGAAGGAAUACCUGGAGCUGGAGAAGUGUCUGUCCCGCAUGGAGGAGGAGAACAACCGGCUGAGGAUGGAGAGCAAAAAACACGAACCCUUCCUGGAUGGCAGUUAG